CGGGGUUUAGUUUGUCUGUAUGGCGGCGGCAAGUGACAGGGCCCGUGGGUGAAUGAGGCCGAGCAAGAUGCGGGAGACGUGAUGCCGAAAAUAGCCAGAGCCAAACAAACAUCGGCUCCCCAAAACCUGCACCAUUCAGGUGCUAGCCAAAAUGUUUAUUUAUUGCCAGACUUGCACCCUCUUUCCGAUGUUCUUGCUUACACCUGCUCACCUUCUUUGACCGUGUAACUCGACAUCCUCGGCAUCUUCCCAGCAUCUACGUAUACGACAAGAUGUUGACCAAAGCUCUGCUUCCUGCUCUUAUCUUGGCAGCCACGGCUGCUGCUGGACCGGCCCAUGUUGUUCAUCGCCGUGCCCUCGAGAUCAUCUCGGCCCGCGAAGAACUUGCUGGAGAGGAGGGCCCUGCGGUGGAGGACAGCCCCGCAGAACCAGCUCCAACUCCCACCCCAAAGCCGAUUCUCUCUAGAGAUGGAGUGUGUUGGAAUUCCAUCCUUGACCUUGAAUGGUCCAUCUCGCAGCUUGAAUACGAAUCAUCUGUCGUCACAGUUUCCGGCAAAGAACCCGAUGCAUGGGCCUAUCUCUCCUUCACCUUGAGCAACACCGCCACCACAUACACCGCGGACUGCACCGCGGCCAGCAAUACUAAUUCUGAUAUCGGUUUCUUUGACGGCGAGCAAGAGUAUCUGUGUUCUGUGGGUGAAGGCGCCCCAGAAGGAUCUCAAAUUGCCUUCAGGUUCAAUAAAGAAGCCGGUUCGCUGGCGAUCCAGGAGGUUAUCCCUUGCAGCGAAGGAGAUAUUUCUGGGACGUUUAUCACCCGGGGAACGACUCAAGUAACCCUCUCCUGCUCGGAGGCUGUCAGCGAGAAUGAGGACUUCACCAACACCGAAGUUAACUGCGAGCCUGUAGAUGCAUCACUGUGGCCUUACCAGGUCGUAGGGUUAAACGAGGAUUGAGCAGGGACUAGCAUGGCGGGCGAGCCUUUUCAUUCAGAUAGAACAUUCACGGGUCAAGUUUAUAUCUAUGCUAAACAUGACAAAUGGAAAGUUUACCUGUC